GCAAAGUGACCGAACCUGUUUUACUGAAUGGCCUGUUGGAUUACAUUACCAUUAACUCAGACAUUAAAUGGUGUCAAACCUUAAACACAAUGAAAAUACAUAAAAACUAGAAACCUCCGCGGUACGUUUCUUAAAAAAACAAAAAAUACAAACCGGAAGUAGCAUAAGAGUCUCAAUUCUGGCGGCGACAACAGGUGCAAACAGGUGAGGCUAGCUUUUAUGUUAAAACUCACGCUGAUCACUCACUUACCAUAUUGCCAGCUUUUAAGGUGCCAGAGUGUUUAAAAACGUACUUUAACCCUCACUAAGGGUUAAAACACCCUUUCGGAACACAUAUCCUUAAUCCAUAGCCGUCGUCCACCGUCGGUUAGCAGCAGCCUGAGUGAAAGUUGCUAAACUCCGCCCUUCCUGCCCACGGGGCGGUGUCUGUUGUUGAGUCGGCGUACACCUCCAGCACCUGCAAACCGGAUUGCAGGUUGUGUGGCAGAGGUUAGAGAUCACGUGACUUUUGCCGCGUAUUUGAACAAAUCACUGGUUAUUGUGUAGCGGCAGUACCGUGUAGUGUCGACGGAGGGCGCUAUGAGGUGACUUCUCCUUCCGUUGCCUGCUUCAUGUGACACUCAUCUGUCACAGUGGUUGACAAAAGCAGCACACUGGCUCCUUCAGGAAAGGCUUCCGCAAAGUUAUCAUUUGAUAACAUGUCCCUCUACCGAAAUACCAUCUGGUUCUUAAAUGGAAUACACCAUUACACAAGGAAUGGAUAUGAAGCAGCAUCUAAACAUUUUGAGCCACAGGACAUGGAUGUGUCCGUUGUGGGAAGGUCUUUUAUGGUCACUGGAGCCAACAGCGGAAUUGGGAAAGCGACCGCCAUGGCAAUAGCCAAGAAAGGUGGUAGAGUACACAUGGUGUGUAGGAAUAAAGAUAAAGCUGAAGAGGCCAAGGAGGCGAUUAUUCAUGAAUCUGGGAAUACCGAGGUAUACAUCCAUAUUGUGGACUUGUCAGAGUCGCACAAAGUCUGGCAGUUUGCUGAGGCCUUCAAGAAGCAGUAUGCAUCUUUACAUGUGUUGAUAAACAAUGCAGGGUGUAUGAUACACAACAGAGAGGUGAAUGAUGAAGGCCUCGAGAAGAAUUUUGCUAUCAACACAAUGGGGAUGUAUCUUCUGACUGAGAGUCUCAUACCACUUCUACAAAAGAGCCGGGAUCCGAGGGUGAUCACUGUGUCGUCAGGAGGCAUGCUUGUCCAAAAGCUGCAGAUUGAUGACUUACAGUCAGAGAAAGGGUACUUUGACGGUGUCAUGGUCUAUGCCCAGAACAAGAGACAGCAGGUGGUGCUGACAGAACAGUGGGCCAGAGAGUACCCUGCCAUUCACUUUUCAGUGAUGCACCCUGGCUGGGUAGAUACACCAGCUGUGUCCACAUCCAUGCCGCAGUUCCACAGUAUGAUGGGAGGCAGGUUGCGCACUGCAGAGCAAGGAGCAGACACGGUGGUGUGGUUGGCUUUGUCCCGAGCUGCCAGCAGAACCCAAAGUGGGCAGUUCUUUCAAGAUCGUACGCCCGUCCCAACCCACCUGCCCCUGGCCUGGACUCGGAGCUCUACAGUGGAGGUUCUGACUUUCAUCGGUCACCUGGAGAUUCUGGCCAAAGCUGUACAGUCACUGCCUGAUCCACAAAUCAGUGAUCCACUAGGCCCCAGCACCCCCCAUGUAGUAUAAAUUUGAAUGAUGAGAACCAAUCAAAUCAGUUACUAGGGAAUAAUACACAUAUGUACACUUUAUUUUUUAAAAGACUUCAGUAGAAUUAAAGACUACACAAUGUCAAGCUUAAAAUAUUCAUAUUUUCACAGUACAGUAUCUCACAAAAGUGAGUACAGCCCUCAUAUUUCAGUUUUAUGACAGUAUGGAAGGACAAUACUACAGAAAUGAAAGAGCAACAAAAGUUUCAGGAUUGUCUAAGAACAUGGAACAGAACACAAAAAAAUCUGAUUACAACAUUCUAAAUACAUUUCUUGAAACAUUAGAGCUCACUAGACAUGAAAUAACACCCCUUGUAUUUGACAUAAAACAUAAAUAAGAGUCCUGCUCGUGUGUGUUGGUGUAAAUGUGUUCCGGUGUUAGGGGAACUCAGUGGGGGGGUGGACAAGAAGUGUUGUCGGCAUUUCAGAGUUGAGUUUUAGCUUUGCAUGAGUUACGGCUGCAACAGCAGCCUGUAUUUUAUUACGGAUUAUUGUGCCUUCGGUGAGAUAAUUCAAACCUGCAAUAAAAGCCUGUUGUUCUGGUAAUCAAGUCUGGUGCUCCUGUCUCAUUGACCCUAAGUUACAUUGCUGACACCUAAUAACCAGUGUAGAAUACUACUGUACAGAUCAUCACAAUAUCUUUGAAUGGGUCUUCAGAAUGCCUUUUAUUUGCAUUUUAGUUCAUUUAGCCGUUUUAGGCAAAAGUACAUACAAUUUGCAUAUUUUUUUAUUACAUUGCCAUAGUCAACCACAAAAAAAGCAUGAUUAAUAUUUUUGAAAAACUGAUUAAAGUAUUGUCCUUUGAGAAGAUACAGUAUAGUAAAAUUGAUGCUGAAAUGUGAAGGGUCCACUCACUUUUGUGUGAUAUUGUACAUGAGUAAAUGACUCAAGAUGGUCAUGGUCAUCUAUGACGGUAUAGUAAAUAACAGAUACAGAGAAGAGCAAAACAUUUAUGGAAAAAAAAACUACAAAGCAUCAAUACUCUAUUUUACAAUCUACAUUUUAAAUACAUUUUUAUACAGUAUUGAAACAACAAAAUCAUGUGCAAAAUUACAAUUUUUCCCUUUAUGUUGCUAACGGGAUCACAGGAAGACAUUAAGGUGAAUUUUGGUGCAGUUUUUCAUCCCAUUUAAGUUUGUAGCAAUUGUUCGAAACAAUGUUGUGUCAAUCAAUUCAAAACCCCCUUCCCGUCUCAUACUCUAUGCGACAUAGGUGUAUAUAUUACGGUCCUCUGGUGUCCUUGCCAAGUAUUCUCUCUCUAUAAGUACCUCUAUGCGCUUUUUGAUGACCACAGGGCUGGGGAGGAAGUGUGCCUGCAACUGCUGAGUCACCUGAGGACACAAGUCACAGCCAUUUGAGAGGUCAACACCUGAAUAGGAAAUAAAACAAAAUGGAUUGUGUGUUCUCACCUCAGCCACCAAUAUGUUAUGCUGUAUCUUCUUCCUGGACUUCAUGAUGCGCACAAUGGCUGCGUCGAUCAUAACCUUCCUGUCGUCAUCCACUUUCUGCCGUGUCUCUUUCCUCUCAGGGUCGGACUCCCCUUGUUUAGCAGCGACUACAAUUACACAGGUACAAGUUAACAAUGAAACAGCAUAUUUUAUUUUGAUUUUUGCAUAAAAAUGUACAUUUUGCAGUGGUGUCACGCAUAGUAUUGCAAGCAUGUGUGUAUCAUACCUGUCUGGAUUUUGACUCUGUGUACUUUGGCAGUGAAUUGGUCAUUGACUGUAAAGACGUGUCCAUUUUCGAUCUCCUUAGACUUGGGCUCUUUGGUGAGGACUCUCUGUGUGGGCUUCCCACAGGCCAAAGACUGCAAGGCUCGCACUAACUCCCAUCUGGGAAUAUCUGUCUCAUGGUGGAUCUCCUUUAAAAAAAAAAAACAACCCAAAAACCACAAGGGAUGUGUUGAAAAAUUAUGAGAAAGUGUGUGCAAAAAAGCUACAGGAUUGUGCAACAAACCUCAAAAGUGCAGUUUUCUCUGUGGUUGAAGAGCAUGAGGAUGGUCAUCUGGAAUGUGGAGACCUGUAGUAUGGUCUUACGGGAGUUGGAGCCAGUCAUUUGGGUCGCUCCCAUGGCUGCUUCGGAACCAUCCUCCUGCACAUGAGACAUUUUGAUAUUACCCAACAUGAAAAUGAUUCAUAUUACCAAAAGACACUGCCUCACUCACCUUUUUUAAAGCACCAUAGAAAGUUGCAAUUAGGUCGGCCCCGCCCAUGUGAUGCUGCAGCGUGAGCUGUCUCCCAGUGUGUUUGGCAAGGUAAAACCUGCCGUAAAAUAACAUUGAGCAUCUGAACACAAACUACGAGAUGUUACAUGUAUCAGCUAAAUGAUAAAGAGUAUUACCUCCUGAAGACCUCAAAGGCGUGUUGGGGGGAACAGGGGAUGGUGCAUUUUGGCGUUGCAGACUGUGUGGGCCAGUAACCAGUAGUGAGGACUCGGACAGUGAGGUCUACACCACACAGAGAGGCCUGAAAAAGAAGCACUUUGUAAAUCACUGUGUUUGGGAGACAGAAAGAAGCAUUCCUGAUAGCACACACUGCAAUUGAAAUAGAAAUUGUUACUGGAAAUACAAAUAGCCAACUAUAAAGCCCUGAUUCAUCACUCAUUUGAAGACACUAUGGGAUACCAUCUUUCUUACCGGCGUGGACUGUAUGUGUUGCCUGAACUCAUCCAUUGUGGUGUUGGAGAUGGUCAUAUCGCGAAACAUUCCCUCCAGUUUUGAUGUAAACUGACAGCCACAUUCAGUCUGUAAAGAGCAAAGAUGGACAACUGUGAGCUCAACCAGCAGACACUACUGAUGUAAGACAACUGACCUUCUCUUACUUUGAGCUUGGAAAUCAUGCUCUUCUCCAAAUCGUCCGAGACACUCUUGUUGCUCAGCAAUCUCCGGCCCAGAUGCUGCUUGUAGUACCUUUCAAACACAUCCUUCUCUUGCAAAAACCUGAACAACACCAUUGUCUUGUCCAGAAUUGACUCCACCUCCUGCUCU